AUGCUAAAACACAUACAUACCGGGCCCGUGACGACGGGCCAAAAUCGCUCGAUACGGGGCUCGGCCGGUGGCGGUGGAGGAGGAGGAGGCCUCGGUCGUCCCAUUCCCCCGCUCAACGUGUCCACCGUCUCGGCCAGUUCGGCUGCCACGGUUGGGUCCACCAACACCGGUCCACCGCCCGUUGCCGCCAAACACAUGAACGGUGGUCCCCCGGGACGGUUGCUGACGUCCUCCUUCCUCACGACCCCGAACGGGGGUCUCACCGGGAAUGGCAACGCCAACAACACCAGCACCAACAGCAUCCUACACAACGCGUCCGCCAUCAGCGGGCUGACGACGGCCCUCGGCAACGGGGUGAUCGGUGGAGCUGGGGCCGGCGCAGGCGGCGGUCCGGGAACCGGUGGAUCCGGAGGCCCGCUGGGUGGCUUUAACCACAACAACUCGACGACGAACAACAACAUCCUUAGCAGUACGAUCAACAUGAACAAGGACCGGUUGGGAGCCCGCGAGGCGUUGACCAGCCUCGGUUUGCUGUGUUUGGUAUCGUUGCUGUUGGCGCUGCUUUCGUUGAUUUUCCUGCUGAAAAUAUCGCCGGGUGGUCGUGACCCACCACCACCCACCAUCGGACCCGCCGUGCUGGAGGACUACGCCAUCGUGUACGACGUGACGCUGGCCCUUUGCGCGUUGUCCUUAUCGCUGAACCUGUGCUGCCUGCUGGUGUGUGCCAUUCAGUUUCUGUUCGCCGUCAAGCUGGUCCGAGCACCUGCCACAACCGGAAGGGGCAACAAAUACCUGCAAAAGUCCAGCGUUAGUCGCGUGUGUGCUGUGGGAGGAUUUUUCAUUUCGAUACCGAUCUUUUUGACUGGCAUCAUCUUGUACACGUUCACGCAGUUCCAUUCGACACCGGCGAUCGUGACGAGCAUCCUGAUAGGCGUCGGGAUCGUGUUCUGCGGUGGCGCCAUGGUACACAACGUCUUCGUGUGGCAGCGCGAGAAAACGAUCAGCGUCCGGCAGACACCGCUCAAUCUGAAUCUCACCCUAUCACCGCAAAUCAGCACGAUAUCGGCCUCUGCAGCAGCUGCAGCAGCAGCCGCCGCCGCAGCUCAUCAGUACCAAAAUGGGCAUGCAUCGGGGGCGCAUCAUCACAUCAGCCUGAACCACGUGUACAGCAACCACAACCACACGCCGCUCACACACAACUCGCAGGCGAGCCAUACGACGCCCAUCACGCAGCUAACACCCGUGACGCCUCUGUCCGGGAACCAUUCGCACAUCAGCUUCAACCAUUCCUACGUGCCGCCACCGUACGCGGGAGUUCGCGCGGCCACGGCAACACCUCCGACGCCUAAGGUGAUCGGUUCGCUGCUGAACCGGGAUGCUUCCGGAUCCGUCAGUCCCGGUAUGCCUGGUAGCGGUGGUAACAACGCCCUCGACAUGAGCAACGUCACGAGCGCCAACUCACCACACGAACUGUCCACGUUGGUGUGA